CAAAAAGAAAAGCAAAUGGAAGAAGCUCCUGCUUCUGCUUCUGCUUCUGCUUCUGCUUCUUCUUCUGCUUCUGCUGCUGCUGCUGCUGCUGCUGCUGCUUAUUCCAAUCUCUUCUACAUGAACUCUUCGGGCAUGGACGUGUCGUAUCGGCCGCUGCCGUCGCUGUACCUGGCGUUUCUGGCGAUAUGGGCGGUGUCGGGUUUCUCUUGGACCUUCAAUACGUGGAGGAGUCGCCAUUUCCAGCAGGCGAAUAAUCUGCAGUGGAUACUCUCUGUAGUUCCAUUAAUUAAAGCUCUGCAACUGGCACUUUCAUUUUCAUUUUGGUACUCCUGUAUAAAUCUUCAGCUGUGCUCUUUGUGGAUGUCGUUUGGCGUGUACAUAACAGGAAUACUGUUUCAGACAGCUUGUUUCGUCUCGUUCAUGCUGAUCUCGCAUGGUUACUGCAUCAUGUGCGAGCGGCUAUCAAUACGUGAGCGACGAACAACCGCCACUUUGGGAUGUUUCCUCUACUUGUCUCUUAUCGGCUAUAAGGCCGCUGUGCCUUACUUCACAGUCUUUCUUCUGCUGAACUAUUCGGUCUCGUUUUAUGUCAUCUUCCGCCGAAUCUCCCACAACCUUUUGGUUCUACGAGAACAGUUGAACUUCAUAGAGGACGAAGAGAUGCACACGAUGCACCAUGCGUUGAAUACGAAGUAUACCAUGUUCAAGAGAUUCCAAGGCACAAUGCAGAUUGUAGCAAUAGCAGAUAUUCUGGUUUACAUGAAUGUCGACGAGACGCCAGAUAACUACUGGUUUCGUUUGCUAGUACGCGAAUGGGUGCAGUUCUGCAUCUUUCUGUACAUUGGGUGGACUUUCAGAACUCAGGAAGCAACACCUCAUUUUUCUGUGAUGCCUGCUUUGAGGUCCAGUUGGGAUAUGACAGUGCCCCCGAUUUACAGCGUAGAGAUGGAUGCGAGCAACUUAAAUGAUCUGGUUUCUCAAGAAUGGCAUGUCGCGGUGCCAACUUCUUUUCCUUCAUCGUGCCGUGGCAAAUCAAUGGAACAGUUGUUGGUGGUAGUUCAGAACCCUCGAUCGACGAAAAGACCCAGAGAAGAAGCACUUGUCAGCAGGAAAACUGCUUCUGCUGCUGCUGCUGCUGUUGCUGCUGCCACCAUAACUGUGAAAUAUCAGCAUGCAGAGAAUCAAGUAUAGUUCUAAAUUUUUUUUCUUUGUUUUUUUUUUUUUUUUUUUUUCUGGUUUUGCGGGACUAAACUGAGUUGCUUGCCACAGUAAGAUGACACAGGAGAUGAAACUGUCACUCAGAGCAAGUUUCAGUUUUCUCCAUACAAAGAGUUCAAUAUAGAGUCCAACAUGAAUAUGAUAUAAUCUUAUAAAUCCAAUGUAAAAUGCACUUCUAUCUUUAUUGAGAUAAAUGUAAAAUGCUAUUUUUAUCUUUAUCGAGA